GUCAUUUUCCUACCCACAUGACUAAUGAACAGGCAUAAGGAUAAGAAUAGGGACAUUAAUAUGAACAAUUAUAAAUACUGUCGUGGGAAUGAGAAAGAUUGUGAUGAAUCCAAGCUGGAUAAAGAGCAUACAGAACACGAGCACAGGCAACAGCAAAUCAAAACAGGCACAAUGAACGACAGUGAGCAUGACCAAAUUUCUGGCAGCAGCAAUGACAGCAUGACCAAUGACUUUAAUAAAAAUGGCAUAGUGUACAAAAAAGAAGAUACGACGACGAACCUAUUAGACAAAAUAGAUGUAGAAGUUUUCAAGAAUACGCGAACUUCAAAUAGCAGUCAUCCAAAGCAACUUCCUCGUCUGUCUACAUCAUCUCUUGGAUCAAAAUUCAUUAUCAACGAUAAUAACACAUCAUCUACAGCAGCGAUACUGUCAAAGACUCCAAUGUUUAACGGCGGCGCUGGAGUUGGGUCUUCCUUUGUGGACACGAUGACGCAACAACUCUCCAUUCAUGUAGAGCAACCUGUGGGGAGUAUGAGUAUCUCUCCUAGUAGUCGUGAUGUGGUCCUGGCCGCGCGGAAAGGGCUCUUUAUUAUUGAUCUGGAGAAUCCAUAUGAACCACCGCGAGUUCUACAUCAUAUGACGAAAUGGGAGGUAGCAGAUGUACAAUGGAACCCACACUUUAGUCGAGAAAACUGGAUCGCAUCAACGUCAAAUCAAAAAGCACUUAUUUGGAAUUUGAAUUAUAAUGCACCGCGAGCUGUUGAGUUGAUUCUUCAUGCUCAUAACAGAGCCAUUAGCGACAUCAAUUGGUCUCCUUUCCAUCCGGAUCUGCUCGCUACAUGCUCUGUUGAUACUUUUGUACAUUUGUGGGACUUAAGAACCCCUAAAAAGCCCGUCAACUCAUUUUGUGCAUGGACAGCAGCGGCAACGGUUGUCAAAUUUAACAGAAAAGACGAAUUUACUCUUGCCUCAGCACACGACACCAAAGUAGAAGUUUGGGACACUAGAAAAGGGUCUUCGCCUUACAUCAGCAUUCCAGCCCAUCGUCAAAGAAUCAAUGGCAUUGACUGGAGCAGAAAACACAGAAACCAUAUUGUCACCUGCAGUUUAGACAAGACGAUCAAAUUUUGGGAUAUUGACGAUACUAGCCAACCUCAUAAUGAGAUCGUCACAAAAUCGCCUGUCUGGCGCGCACGUCACACACCGUUCGGACAUGGCAUCUUGACCAUGCCCCAACGAACAGAAACGGCUCUUUCUCUAUGGAAUAGGGGUCGCUCAUCGGAGCCUGUUUGUAGAUUUGAGGGACAUACAGAUACGGUCAAAGAGUUUGUGUGGCGUAUACGAGAUAAUGAGGAUAACUCUGGCCAACGUCUUUUUCAGCUAGUUACAUGGUCUAAGGACCAGCAUCUUCGACUCUGGCCAAUAAGUGAAAAAAUGCUGGAAGCUAUGGACCACAAUGCGACAACACCUGCCGACAUUGCACCUUAUCCACCAAACUAUGAAAAAAUGUCAUUCAGAGAUCCACCCCCUCUUAGAAUAGCUGCAACACCAUCGAGAACGGUAUCAACACUACGAGUGCUUGCAGGAAACCGAAUGUCAACAAUGACUCCAUUUCGGACAUCCAUGUCAACACGUACUGUGGGGCCCCUUGGAAACCAUGGCGUGCUAUACAGAGAACGGAAAGCGCCAUCGCCUUUGGUAUGGGUACAGGGUGUUCGGAUGGCGAAGCCAAGUGGAGAUUUAGGCAUGCCAGAUAGGGCUUCACCGCAAACAGUGGCUACGGAGAUUGCAGCUGUUGGGCAAAAAUUCCAAAAUGUGAAAUUUGAGAAGGUGAAUGUUGCUGGACGGACCUGUACAAUUUCGCUUAAUGGUCUCCGCACGAAUGAAGGCGUCCCGUUUUUACGCGUCAAUAUCACGUUCCCACAGUUUUAUCCGAAACAGGCGCCACCUACGUUUGAGAUCCAGAAAACAGGGAUGCUGUCUAUGGCAUUGCGGGCACAGAUUGCAGCCAAUCUCGAUCGUAUUGCAGCAACGCAUGCAUCCAGAGGCUUACCGUGUUUAGAAGCCAUUAUUCGAUGUCUUUUAGGGGAGGACAAACGCGACGAGGCCAUGGACAAGGGCUUGGAUGAUUCAGAUGAAGAUGAUACGAUUGUCAAUCCCCUACGCAAGUCGCGUGGCCGGGACGCUGGCACAAUGGAUGAGAAAGAUCAGAUGGUCCCAUUCCCAUGCCUUUGUGGAGCGGUCUUUGCAACCAACGGUAAAUUGGUUACAUUUUUCUCCAAGCUCCGCACGCCUCAUGCAGCAUCGUCGAGCAUACCAAUCACUGGUCGUAGUAGUACUCUAAUCAAAACAUCGUAUACAUAUACCCACCCUCGAACCUAUGCUUCGAUGGGAGAAUACAAGGCGUUCUCACGUCUACCAAGCAGCACUGAAGGGUUAGCAGGAACUGUAUCCCGCAUUGUGGCAGACACAGAUGAUCAAGAUGACUUGUGGCCUAUGCCCAACUUGUUUGCAAAACCAAAACCAAAACAUGAAUUGGUUCGCGUGACAAGGAAUGCAAAGGAUCAGCCCGGGUACUAUAAACAACAGCCACAAUCUAGGAGCACUCUGUAUCUUAAGGAUAUCACGCAUCUUCUUCCGGUGUCGCCUAGGCUGGCUGCUGCCUAUACACUUAAUGGCGAUAAUGUAUCUGAAAUCUGCGAGCAGAAUGCCCUUCAGGCCCGACAUCUAGGGCGCUUGGAUUUGUACAAGAUCUGGAAGUUAGCGGCAUUGAUUCUUACACUCUCUGUACCGAUGGAUCCUGUCACAUUCGAAAUGCACAAGGCAGAGAUCUCCAAGAUGAAUUCUCAAACGCACCCUGUUAAAUUACUAGAUUUGAUGAAUCGUUCAACGAGCGCGAGGCAGCGGCGUGAUAGCGGUACGGCGUUUGUCCCUGUUUUAGAGGAUACAUUCUACCAAAAAGUGCGCUGGGGUAAUCAUCCUUUGGGUCGAGAGCUUGUCGAUGUGCUCUUCUCAUAUUUAGAACGCCAUGGUGAUAUUCAAAUGCUUGCUUUACUCUCUUGCGUCUUCAAAGAUCCCUUUAGAAACACGAUUUCCGUCACUGGCACUACUCCUCCUCAGGCUCACUAUCGCUCGUAUCAUCAAUCGCCUAUGAGCGAUGCACCGGACUAUUUUAAUAGCCGUCAAGCGAGUAACACUAGGUCUCUUAAUGGACUACCUAUGAACACUACACCAAUGUCACUUGAACAAAGCCCUGCACGGCCUAGAGCGCCAACAGUAACGAGGAUAUCUCCAUAUCUAAACCGAGUAUCGCCAACAAUGACUGCUUUUGGGACAUCAUAUUCAUCAUCCAUGCGAAAGGCUCCAAAUCGAUUUUACAGUGGUGCUAUCACUUCACCCUUGACAACACCCUCUUCUUCGAGAGAAGGAUAUGUAGAUGUCGUUCCACCAUACCACGGACCUCCUUUCAUACCGCCAAUCAUGACUAGUUAUUCUGCCCAGCAAGGACCACAAGAAAGCGUCACCCAACCACCAGCCUAUGCACACAGUAAGCGGGAUUCAUAUCAUUCAAUGCAGGGAGCCAGCCCAACACUACUUUCCAAAUUGGCGCCGAUUCAGCGCCGUGAACCAAGCACAUCACCAUCAUCAUCUCUGCUCGAAAAGAAUGAGCGGUUUACAGUUCGAGCAAACGGUUUCAAGAUGACAAGGAUGAACGUUGGCUACUUUGACUCUGACGAAACUCCGAUGAACAAACCGCUGUUGGACCCAUCCAAAGAAAACCUUCAUAAUACUUGGCGGCUUCUGUAUGCAGAAAUGAUGUAUAGCUGGGGUCUGUUUGAGGCACGAACAGAGUUACUCAAGUUCCUAUCUCUUAAACCUAUAUCCCAAAGCUCGAAUGCAUAUCGAAAUAAGGACUAUCACAAGAUAUCACCUUUGGACUUGAUCUUGGGUAUUGACAACCGUGGACCUCAAAUAUACAACAAAUGCUUUGAAUGUGAGAAUCGACUGUAUCCAAAUUAUAAGUGCGAUUUUUGUAAAAUGACGCGAGUAGGGAUCAAAUGUACGAUCUGUCAUAUAUCUGUCCGAGGACGGACGAGUGUAUGCCUCAAAUGUGCUCAUGGAGGACAUACAGAUCAUUUAUGGGAAUGGUUUGUACAGGAGAAAAACCAAGUUUGCCCGACAGGAUGUGGAUGCGAAUGUCUUGUGAACUUUGGAGGAUGGGCUGGCGGAAUGGCCAUUCAACCGAUUCAUAAGCACCUUCUGCCUCAGGAGUCUUUAUAAAAAAAAAUAAAAAAAAACUGUAUUAGAAAC